GCAUACACAUUGGAAAUGCUUUGAAAAUUUAGGCAAACAUUGAUUUACAGCUUAUUUGACGUCACUUUACAUCUCUUUUGCAUUGAUUUCCUAUACUUUACUGUCAUUUCAUUUGAGUUUUCACUCAAAUAAUACUUUUCAUUCAAUUUAUAUUUUUAUGAUUUAAUUGAUCUGCAAAUCGGGAGAACACGUGUAUCGGAUGUCUUACCCGCCGUAUCCGCAGCCCAUUAACAGUCAGCCCCAGUCGGGGGCGCCGUAUAUGGGAUACCCGCCACCCAACACACCUAUGUAUGGAUCGGGUCCUCCAACCGGGUAUGGAAUGCCUCCCGAGCCUGGAUUCCCGAUGCAUAACAUGGCUUAUCCGCCGCCUCAAUCAUAUGGACAACCUAUGGGUCAGCCUAUGGCUCAACCAAAUGCCCCAAACGAGCAAUGGAUGAAUGUGCCGAUCGGUAUACCCAACUGUCCACCCGGUCUCGAAUACCUGACUCAAGUGGACCAGCUCUUAGUCCACCAGAAAGUGGAAUUACUCGAAGCAUUUGUUGGUUUCGAAAGCGCUAACAAAUAUUCAGUGAAGAAUAGUUUGGGACAGAAAGUGUAUCACGCCAUCGAAGACAACGACUGUUGCACUCGUAACUGUUGCGGACCUAACCGUCCCUUUGAUAUGAAAAUUCUGGAUAACAAUCAACAGGAAGUGAUACAUUUGUAUCGUCCUCUUCGGUGCAGUUCGUGUCUGUUUCCAUGUUUUCUUCAGCAAAUGGAAGUGACGGCUCCGCCCGGAAAUAUAAUCGGAUACUUGACUCAGGAAUGGAGUCUUUGUGUCCCAAAGUUUAGAGUCGAAGACGCGUCCGGAGAAUGUCCCGUUUGUACUUAUGGUGUUUGCGGUGACGUUGAGUUUCAAGUGCUCUCCAGAGACGGAUCAGUAUCUGUCGGCAAAAUUACUAAACAAUGGACAGGACUUAUCAGAGAAGCCUUUACUGAUGCGGACCACUUCGGCAUAUCUUUUCCCAUGGAUUUGGACGUUAACAUCAAAGCUGUACUUUUGGGCGCAUGUUUUCUUAUUGAUUUUAUGUUCUUUGAGAAGUCGGGCAACAAAGAGAACGACAGAAUCGAGUUGACGCCUCUAGAGAGCGGAUCCGUUGGAUGUGUUGAUUGCAAAACCGUCUUCAAGACAAUCGAGAAGAAGAAAAUGGAGGAAAAUAGUGAUAAAUUGGAGAAAGCGAUCAAAAGUUUGGAUUUGUUUAAGGAUUUGUUGAGCAAAAGUGAUUCACAGACGCGACAAAUGAGUCAAAUAUUAGACAACUUUUCGCAAAGACUCUCACAAUUGGAGACAACUAUUCAACCCGUCUAUAGAGAGACCGGAAAUCUGCAGACAAUUCAACUCAAUAUUGUGUCAACUCUUGAACGACUCGAUUAUGUCAUCAAAUUUUAUACAGUGGCCAACGAAGUGGAGACCGUCAUCACCACCGGACCCAACCAUUCGCUCGACACUUAUCUCAAGAACUUGGAUCGACUUAAAGAGGCCAUCGAUUACUUCGAGCUCAACAAUCCCGAGAGUCCGGAACUA